AUGAGCUCGAACUUGAAGGGCGAAACCGUUCGUGGGCUGUCGAAGAAUUUUCAGCAACCCUAUGAGUGGUAUAUGACAAAUGUAUACAUGUAUCGUGAUAUCUCGAAUAUCGUACCAACUGAAGCAUGGGGCGGCCUGAUGCAGCACAUUCAGUUGCCUGAGAACAUCACAAACGAAUUUGAUUGUGGUGCUAGGUUUCAAAACUAUGGCAAGGCUAUUAUUAAUUUGGCGCGCAUUUAUCAAAAAAUGCUCAAAAAAUCAAAUAGAACGUCACAAGUUCAGCUAUCGAAUUUCGAGGAUCCAAUUGGCGUUAGGCUACCCGAAGGAAGCACGAGGGCUGCGAUACUGCCAGGUUGCCCAAGCCUAGAUAGGACAAGUCGAGAGGCAGAGGUCGGGUCCGAACCUCGGACCUUCCGGUCAGCUAUCUCGCCCAGCAACAUAGAAGUUAUGUUGGCAGGUGUGUUUGCGUUUGGACCUCGGUCAUGCCAACGGUUCUCUAAAGCACAUAAAUGGUACGUUGUGUACCACUGA